UUUAUUUGAGUAAUUGGUAACAUUGGUAAUUCCUAUAACCCCAAGUGAUUGAAACUGUGUUAAAAAAAAGAGUGUGAUAAUUAAUUUGUAUUAACGCAAAGUUCCUUAGCAUAGCCAUUGUGAAUGGGUAAUAAGUCAAGUGACAGAGAAACAGAGAUCAUUCUUUGGUAGUAAUCAACUAAUUGUUUACAUCUGUGAAAGUAAUAAAAACUCAAACUCAUAUUUAUGAAUAUAGACGGAGCGACUUAAUUAAAGAAGAAAUGUGCAUGUAAUCUCAAUUAUUGAACGAACCCGAAAAUGCUGCUUGACGAAAAGGGUCAGAAGUAUAAAUUGCUUGCCGAAAAAAUCUAUCAGCGUUGUCACGAAUUGCAGACGGAAAAUGAGCGCUGUGUGCUGCGAAUAAAUACGGUUAAGAAACUGUUGCGACGACGCACCCGCGAUGUUGAGCUUUUAAAGCGACGACUUGAUAAACACAAUGACGUAUGGCGACAGUUACCGAUGGUGGCACCACAUCCGAAACGAAAAAUUGAACAAAAACGUGGCCCUAAACCUAAACCAAAAAAUAUCACAGAAGAGCCCGGGGACGGCAAAAUCAAGAAGGUACGCAAACAACGAAUGAAAAAGAAUGUACCACCACAGCCGGGUUCUGCUGAAAUAACGAUGCAACAGCUGUCUCAACAACAUUUCAGUGAGCAGGAGCACCAAUUAUUGAUGCAACAACAAUUUGUGCAGUACAAACAGGAUAUGUGAAUAGAGAUUCUAAAUAUUUAGUUGAUUGAAUUGCCGACUAUCCUAUAUUUAUAUGUAAUAGUAUAUUGAUUUAAAACUUUUGAAACAUUUUUAAUAUAUUAUACAUGCGUCCAACGUGGGCCAUAUGAUAAUAAAGCGAUAAACUUAAAAUGAAAUGAAAAA